CCCGGUGUCACCGUCUCCAGCUACCGCCUCAGCCACAGGACAGGCAACGCGCAGCCAAGACCGCCGCCGCGUCGCUGCCAAACAAGAAACAGAAGAAAGCACAACCAGAAUGAUCAAAGUGGACGAGGAGGAUCCCAUAGGAGAGGUGGAGCCGAGCUUCCCGUACCGCGACGUGCAGAUCCGACGCGGCGUCGACAUCCGGGAUCUCUACGACCUUCAGGAAGAAAUUGGCAGGGGUAAGUUCGGCACGGUGUACCGCUGCCGCGAGAAAAGCACUGGUCUCCGGCUGGCGGCCAAAAUGGUGUCCACACCCAAGCGCGAAGACCGCCGCAAUGUGGAGCGAGAGGUGGACGUGAUGCGCGUGCUGCAGCACCCCAGGCUCAUUCAGCUCUACGACGCCUUCGACAACGGCAAGACCAUGUGCGUCGUGUUGGAACUUAUUGAAGGAGGUGAACUUUUUGAAAGAGUCAUCGAUGAUGAUUUCAUCCUCACAGAGAAGUCCUGCACCGUUUUUAUGAGACAAAUAUGCGAAGGCAUGGAGUUCAUACACUCCAAACACAUUCUGCAUUUAGACAUGAAGCCAGAAAACAUAUUGUGCCUCACAAAAACUGGAAACAGAAUAAAAAUAAUUGACUUCGGACUAGCCAGAAAGUUCGAUCCAACCAAGAAAUUGCAAGUUCUGUUUGGGACACCAGAAUUUGUUGCUCCUGAAGUUGUGAAUUUUGACCAGAUUGGAUUCGGCACUGACAUGUGGUCGAUUGGAGUUAUUUGCUAUGUACUGUUAUCUGGCUUGUCUCCGUUUAUGGGGGAUACUGACGUGGAGACGAUGGCAAACGUGACCAUAGCCAAAUAUGACUUCGACGAUGAGGCCUUCAAUGAAAUCUCAGACGACGCAAAGGACUUCAUAGAAAAACUGCUGGUUAAGGACAUAGAGGGGCGCAUGUCGGCCUCCCAGUGCCUAGCGCACCCCUGGCUCAAGAGAAAGCCUCCCGCCCCUCCUCCACCUCCGGAGGAGCUAGACCUGAGCAAAGAUAACUUGCGCGUGUUCGUGGAGCGCUGGAACGACCACCCCAACAGCCCGUACCUGUUCGACGGCUGCGGCCAGAUGAUCAUGCCGCUGGCGAGCAGCUCGCUGCAGACGGUGGCGUCGCACACGUCGCUGGGGGGGCUGUCGCCGUCGCCGCCGGGCUCCCUCACAUCCUACUCCUCCUACACCUCCUCACUGUCGUCCUCGCCCGACUCGGUGCUCGAGCAGCAGCAGCAGGUGGCGCUGGGGCAGCGCCGGCCGUCGGCGCCCACGGUGGUGGGCACUCCUCCUUCGAGGGUGCGCCACUUCGAGCCGGCAGUGGCCAGCCAGGGCCGCUACCAUCUGGAGCGCCUGCAGACGUUCGAGCGCCGCGCCUCCGAGGGUUGCGCGGUGACGGCGAGGCGCGACUCCGGACCCCAGCUGCCGCAGGCGCCCGCGCCCGGCGCGGUCAACCUCGCGGACGAGAUCCGCAAGCUGUCGGACAAGCUGUACGAGAUGGCCUCGCUGCUGUCGCCGCCGUCGACGCUGCCGCCGGCGGCCGACGUGGCCAACAACAACGUGCCCCCUCCGGCCGAGCUGCCCCCGCCGCCCCCGUUCCUGCAGGGCCCCCGGCAGCCGGCGGACAGCCCCCCGGCGUGGCGGCGUCAGGCCGGCAAGCACCGCGUCUCCAACCUCAACCGCGACGUGCCGCGCGCGUUGCCAGACCCUCUGCACAACCCUCCGGACCUGCUCCAGCACCUGGUGGUGGCCGAGUGGCGCAGUGACGAGCGCACCGUGGUGCGCCGCGAAAGGCGCAUGACGGCGGCCCAGGCGCUGCGCCACAAGUGGCUGCAGGGAGUCGCCGCUGUCACUCAGCUGUCCACGGCUAAACUCAAGCGCUACGUCAUCAAGAAGCGCUGGAUCAAGGCCGUCAACACCAUCAUCGCACUGCGCAGGAUGGGCGCCAAGCUGGAGCCCGACGAUGCCGGAGCUGCGUGA